AAAGGAGAGUAGAGGAGAGGUGGGCAAGAGUCGUAGCAGGAGGAGGAGGAUAGGGAGGGAGCGAGAGAGGUGGGAGAGGAGGAGGAGGAGGGGGAGGAGGAGGAGAGACGACGAUCUGAAGCGGUUGAGCGAACAAACAACACAUGGAGGGACCGCCAGACACCGAGAUUAUCCCAUACAAUUGAGGGGCCAUGAAUGCCAGCUAUCUAUCUGUGCCUGCUGCUGGAAGUAACGGCGUGAAUUCCGAUGGAGUCAACGGAAAAGUUUCGGUCCUGAAGAAGAGGAGGGAGAGGAAGGGUAGCAGUUGUGCUGCGACGCUCUGUCGUGCGGUUCUUCAGAACAAAUCUCGAGGAGCGGUGUCUCCAGCGAGGACGGUGACCCUUGAAGGGGUCAGCGAUUGUGGUGUUGAGAACGUGUCCCUUCCUCCUCCGGCUAUAGCUCUGGACGCGAAAUUGGAACGGAGGCAGGAGGAAGCGGAGCAGGAGCAGGAGGUGGUUGUGGUGGUUGAAAAAAAUGAUGCCUUCGCCUCUGAGGGGAAUGGGACGAAGGGUGGUGGCAACGAUGUCACGACGGCGGAUUCGUCAUCGGAACCGGAGUCAGAACCAAGGGCUCAUCCCGUUGAAGAUGUCAAUUACGCGUCAGAUGCCACGACGGUCUGUGAUGUCCCUUACAACAUGGAGGAGACGGACGCUAAUCCGAAUAAGCAGUCCACAGUGCAAGAAAGGAAGCGCCGAAUCCGAGUUGUACCAUCAAGGUAUAUGGCAAUCCCUUCUCGUCCAAUCGCAGCUGCGUCCAAGCGAUAUCCAUCACCAGCAGUGGGACAAUCAAUGCGUAUGGAGCCUCCUCAACCCCCUCCCCGAGCACUGUCAGCUGAAAGGAGGCGUCCAUCGACAAGUUUUAGACCAUUUGAGGAAAACCAAAUUCCCAGGGGUGGUCGAACAAUGAAACCAGUAUCAGCACCUGGUAUGUCACAGACAAUGGGUCUUUGGGCAAGAACAAACAGUGUGCCUUCUAGGAACUCAGUCGAUGCUAAAGCUGCGUGUGACCCAGUAGCAUUCGAGCGUGGCUUGACAAGGAAUAGACCUCUCUCCGCACAGAAGGCUAUCAACGGGCUCCCAGAGCAGGAUUCCAAUCCUUUGAAGAUGAGGAUGGGUCGGGUAAGUUCAGGCGGACCACAGAGGCAUCAGAGCAACAUUAUUGCCAGCUGUAGAGCCGAUGUGGAUGCAAAUGGUAUGCUCACUGAUGGACAAAACCUCAACGACCAGACCCAGGGGAUGCGUUCAUUGUUUAAGAGAGCAAGCGCACCAAGCCCUCGCUUGGUUGGUGGUGCUUUAAGCAGGAGUGUGGAUCUAUCUGUUUCUGGGAGUCUUCUCCCUGGCAAUAGGCGGAGCAGCACCCAGCAACCACGCUCGCGAAGUACAACGAGGGGGGGUGUCUUGGAGUCCAAAAAUAUGUCAAGCUCAGUCAUGCAAGAGAACACUACCACGCGUGGGAACACAUCUGCUUCUCGGACACAGAAUAACCGGUACACAGGGCCAGGGAAGGUGAGCAAUUGUGCACACCAAAGCAUGCAUGUUGAGAAACUGAGUAGUGUUGUUAAGAGGGGAGUACAAUCUGGAGAUUAUCGUGACAAUGAGGACAACUCUGUGGCUGUCCCCUCGAUCCCCUCUUCUUCUGCAUUGGCUGGUUCUGUUUCUGCUUCUACUGCUGCUUCUAUGGCUGCUUCUACGGCUGCUCCUACUGCUGCUCCUGCUGCUCCUACUGCUGUUUCCACUGCUGCUUCAACUGCUGCAUCUUACGCUACUUCCACUGCCGCUUCCGCUGCUGCUUCCACUGCUGCUUCCACUGCUGCAUCGACUGCUGCCACUACUGCUUCGACUGCUGCUUCUACUGCUGCUUCUACUGCUGCCUCUACUGCUGCUUCCGCUGAUGAGAUUGAUAGGCAUGGUAAUAGCUUGGAAGUAACUCUGAAUAACGAUGGUAGCUUUGAUGAAGGGACGUCCGUUGGCUCGGAGUCGUCAGACAGGGGAAUUGAUCAACGUGGGGGUUUAUUAAUAGGGGAGAUGCAGAGUGGCCCUGGCAGGGGAUCUGCAAAUGCUACAGAUGGGCUCUGUGAGCAAGAGGAGAGGGAUGCCACUGAAUGCUGCGCAAUGGAACGUGGGGCAAGGCUGGAGGGUAGAUCUAAUAAAGAGAAUCGGGCAGGUCCUUUUUCAAACCGCCACAGGACCAAGGGAACAUAUGCAAUUCAUGGAACGAGUGGCACUGUGGGGGAAAGUCGCGGGCUGGGAGCACGGCAACGGCUAUGGGAUACCAAUUCUUUGCAGAAAGGAGGGAGUGGAGGUUCGGCAGCAGGAGGGGGAAGUGACAGUCAGCCACAAGGGGGUAGUGCUGUUGAUGCAAAGGAGAGGGGGACUAAUGCAAAGUCGGGGGUGUUAGCCAGGCGGACCAGUGAUGGAGUAGCGGUUAGUAAUGUGCGAACUAAUUGUACAUCUGCUGUAGCAGCGAAGACUGGCCUCACAUCGCCAUGGAGGUCCAACUCUUUCUCAGGGAACAGUUCAGCUACCUCAUCUGCAUGGGCACAGUCUCCAGGGCGAGCACUAUCACAGCAGCUUGUGGGAACAACCGGAUUGUCAUCUCUGGCUGCAUCACCACCUGUUAAGCCAUUGUCAGGGCAGGCUGGGCCUCUUUCUCCUCUCUUGACUCCUCCUGGGGUCACGUCUAGCCCAGGGCUCCGGCCUCGUAGUGCGUAUGCUGAAGGCAACAAGUCGCGGUCUAUGCUGACAGCAAGCCCUUCUCACACUGUGGCUGCUACGAUUGCGCCACCAAUCUGUCACCAAAUGCCCGUCACUUCCAACAUGAACCCACAGAUGCUGGCUAGGCAUGUGAGAGUGCUUCAUAAUCGCUGGUUGCAGUGGAGGUUCUUGAAUGCCAAACAAGAAGCCCUGGCAAAGUCUCAACAGAACAUUGCUGAGACAGCCUUGUACAGUGCAUGGGUGUCAACAGCGGAGCUACGCACAUCUGUGACAUUGAAACGGAUCCAACUGCAGAGAACGAAACAAGCUCAGAGGCUUGAUGGCAGUCUCUCUGCUCAUGCAGCGAGGCUGGAAGAGUGGACCGAGAUCAGGCAGGAGCAUACGACUUGUUUUGGUGGAGCUAUUGAAGCAUUGGAGACAGCUAUGCGACAAGUUCCACUUGUCAAUGGCGCUAAGGCUAACGUUGGAAGUAUGACGUCUCUAUUGGCGAGUGCUACUGAGGUGAUGGAUGCAGUGAAUCCGAGCAUGAAUGCACUGCUGCCGAAGGUCGAGAGCACAGAAUCACUGUUGUCACAGCUUGCAGAGGUGGUAAGACAAGAGCGAGCCCUCUUGGAAGAGUGCGGAGAGUUGCUGUCUGCAGCAGCAAUGCUGGAGGUAGAGGAGUGCAGCUUGCGAGCACAUCAUCUGCAACUGGACCAUGAAUGGGAAAGGGAGCGGAUACAGAAUAACGAUGGAGACGUUCAGUCGUCAACAUCAGCUCUAGAGGUGAUGGGGAGUUCCUGCGAUUGACUUUUUGAGAUUGUGUUGCGUCUUUAAUCCUAUUUGUUUUGACCUUGCCAAUCUCCUCCUACCACGAGCUUUGAGGGGAUGGCUUUGUCCUUUCCAUGUGCCACAUUUGUGGCAAAUAGUAUGUAUGUCGAUAAGGGGGGCAAAAUGACGAAGGUGGCCAAUAAUCCACCUGUAUUGAUUCUCGUACUUGCCAUAUACCACUCUGCUGAUUGAGGUUCUCUGUUGUUUAGUUGGAGUGUUUGCAGAAGGCGAACUCCUUGUCACUGCCCUC